AUGAUACCUCAGGAAGCAGCCAACGAUGCCCUGGAGAUAACUCUGGCUGAUGUGCAGUCGCUCAUCAAGCGUUGCAUGAAGUUAAAGGAAGCCGACCCAGAAACCUUAAGGCUCUCGGAUGAGAUCGCCAGGCGAGUGGCCAAAGACUUGAAACUCUAUGCGGGGAAUGCAACAUCAUUCUCUCCCCUGCUACUCUCCUGCGCUGCCGUUAUCCGGCAGUAUUCAAAGGGCGGUGCCUUUGAGAAUGUCCCCGAUUGGACUUCGGUAGCAGAAGACGACCCAUGGAUCAAGGACCACCCGCGAUUCGAGAAGACCGUGGACUAUCGCCCACCCUUUGCCCUUGAUGUUUCUCUACUUGCGACAUCGAGCACAAUCACCACCUCUCCCACCUCACCACCUCACAUCGUCCCGCCCUUGACAACCUCAGCUCUUGCAUCAACGCCAUCCCGUGCGGACCCAGAUUUCAUUGCCAAGCCUGUACUGGAACCGAGACGAUCUUCGCGCUUACGAGCACGUCAGAAUCCAUCCUGCACGGACCUGGAUCUCAUUGCCAAGCCGGUAGCACAACCAAAACGCCCUUCCCGCCCACGAGUGCUCAAGAACCUACCCCCUCUCCUUCAUCCGGCACAUCCACCCUUGAGAUACCACCACCUGUAUGUGGCCGAAGCUGAUAGGGAACAUUGGAAGGCACUUUCCACGGCCGGCGAUAGCAAGAAGGGGAAGGUGGGAGAUGAAGACACGGAUGGGGCCGUUGUGGUCGAAACCCCCAAGUUACCUUCCUCGCCCCAAGAGCCUCUGAAAAAGAAAAGGAAGUUGAUGUCGGAUGCACCAACCGCAAUCAUUGAUGCGAAACCGAAGGCAUUACCGUCUGUUGCUCCUGACAAGGCUGGUCUGCCAGGCGAUGACCAGGAUUUCCGGGAUUCAGACAUUCGGCCUGCAGAAUGGGGCUCAGAUGAUUGUAUCGCUACUCCGUUCCAGCAUUCCAUUCGUUUCCAUCCCCGGAAGUGCGACAAGUGCACGAAAAUGGACAUACCAUGCAUUGUCCUUCCGGACAAAAAGUUCGGAUGCAUGCGACUUGCGUGUGCAAAUUGCGACCUCAUGAAGGUCACCUGUGCGAUCGACGGCGUCGGCAUGAGGAAGAGAAUCCAGGCAAAGGCUUCCGCUGCUUCCUUGAAUUCUGCCGAACACUCCGGAACGCGCAUUCGGAAGUCCCGCAUGAUAUCUCCAGUUAUACUUAACAUCGCCGAAGAGGUGGAGCAACAACCUGGCCUGCUGGCUGAUGUGCCGAUCAAAACGCUUGCGAUCAACAGCACAAGCCAACGGCCCGAACGGGGUGAUCAGUUUGCGCCAACCAACUGCGCCGAUCCCGAGCCCACUGCAAGGGACAUCCUGCAGGGCAUUCAGGACCUCGGCAGGAGAUUUGAUCUCCUGGCCACCAACGAGCGACUGGACACCUUGGAUGUAAGAGUUCGUUCAGUGGAGACCAUCAUCCACCAGCGCUUGGACGCACUGGAGCAACGCCUUGACGCCUCGGAUGCCUGGUAG